CGCAAGCAGCGCUGACGUCACGCUCACGCGGGUUGUUUUCUUCCGAGCCUGUGUACUUCAGACUAGAGCUUAAUCUCUCAUACUGUCAUUAAAACGCAACAUACCUUAUUUUCUUUUUAAAACCGUCACAAACGUUUUGUAUGCAUUUCCUAUAUACAUAUUUAAACAGGUGUUAGGAUACUAAUAUGAUUAAAAACACCACAUAGAGCCGCAGCUAUUGCUAAUGGUGGCGCUGGAUAUUUGUUGAAUUUCUGUUUCAUUUCGUCAGACCUCUUAAAACUGACAUCUCCAAGAGAUUCAUUCCUUUAGUUUGUGUUUUGGCAGCCGAGAAUGAACUGGAUUUUCCCCCUGUCCAAGGGCUCCGGAUCGAUCCCUCCUCUGAACAGUUUACAGAAACAAAGACAGAGACAGAUCGAGUCUCUCAAAGCUGCUCAUUCCAAUCUCGCAGAAAUCCAGAAGGAUGUGGAGUACAGACUGCCUUUUACUGUCAACAACUCAACUAUUACUGUCAAUAUUUUGCUCCCACCACAGUUCCCUCAAGAGAAACCAGUGGUCAGCUUGUUCCCACCAGUAGGUCAUCAUUUAGUGGACAGUAAUAAUGGAACUGUGGUUACCAGCCCACUCAUAACUAAUUUUGGAAUGCAUUCAGAUUUAGGGAAAGUAAUUCAGAGUUUGCUAGAUGAGUUCUGGAAAAGUCCUCCUGCCUUGAUGUCAGGUCCCACCACCUUUCCUUUUUUGUACAAACCAUCGGGGAUGCCUCCUUAUCAAGCUCAGAGCUUCCAUUUUGUUCCUGCCUUCCCACCACAGGAUGGCCAGCGGCCUAUGGGCCCUCCCCCUUUGUCGCAUGCAGGAGUGGAGCCUCAACAAUCCCCUCUUCGACCAGCAGCACCAGUUUAUGGACUCAUCACAGACCUCCCUCUUCCUGUACCAACCGCUGACUUCCAGUCAGGUCUGAAUGGACACAUGUACAAGAUGCCUGAAAUCCCAGAUUCCUUUCCAGAACUCUCUGAGAUGAGUGUUUCCCAGCUGAAGGACAUGAGCAAAGAUGAUGUGUUGUUGGAGUUCUUCAUGUGUCUGCCUCAGCUAAAACAAGUGACCUCUGACAAAGAAGAGCUGGUCAACAGCAUUGUAGAGAUAGCCAAGAAGAACCUACAGCUGGAGCCUCAACUGGAGGACAAGAGACAAGAGAUGCUGUGUAAAUAUGAACAACUAACCCAGAUGAAGUCAGUAUUUGAAACCAAGAUGCAGAGGCAACAUGAGCUCAGUGAGAGCUGCAGUCUGAGUGCGCUGCAGGCCAGAUUAAAGGUAGCAGCUCAUCAGGCUGAAGAAGAGUCUGAGGAGAAAGCGGAGAACUUCUUGGAAGGAAAGACAGAGAUUGAUGACUUCUUAGUCAGCUUCAUGGAAAAGAGAACGCUAUGCCACUGCAGAAGAGCCAAAGAGGAGAAGCUUCAGCAAUGCAUGAACACACAUGGACAGUUCCCCACCACUCAUUAGAAUGAAUGUCCCUCUUUCCUUUGAGGAAGGUUUGGGAUCAAUCUACCAGCAGACCAGUGAGCUCUUGAGACAAGCAGCACAUCUUGUGGUCUACAGCAUUGAUUGGGCAAACCCAGAUACCUUAUGAAAAGAGAGCUAGACUUCAUUCUUCUAUGAAAGUGAUUUUGCACAGGAUUACAAAAGUGUUAGGCUCACACUUGUUGAGUUGACUGGAUAUGCCCAGUCUGGCUCCGACCCAACGGCUGUAAUCAGAGGAGAGCAAUCUGUGUUUAAUAGGUGUCAGAAACAGGCUGAGUUUAAAACGUAAUAGUUCAGUUUCACUUGAUGAUAUAAAAAAUGGGGUUGGGCCUUAUAUGCACUUGAUUUUGAACAAUGUUAAUGCAGCUGGAAAUGUAACUUCGACACAAGCAUACUGUAUUUAAUAAUGUUGAUAAAAGGCUUUAUUAUAAGUAGACAUUGUAUUAUAUGUUUAUUUAAUUUGAUAGGUUAAUAAAACAUUUAGAAGUAUCC